AUGAACAAUUUGUGGGAUCAAAUUCGACGGUCUCAGGAUGAGGAUGAUGAAGAGAUGAUGGCCACCAACGCCAUUGUCAUGGCUGCAGUCGCUCAAGAAUCUGGAAACCAACCCCGAGGGCGCGGUUCUCAUCCGGGUCGUGCACCAAAUGAGGAACGAUUUAGAGAAGAAAGGGGCAAAGGUAUGUUGGCCGACUACUUUGUCGAUCGGCCAGUGUUCAAAGAUGCGGAGUUCCGAACACGUUACAGGAUGAGUCUCAAUCUCUUCCAGCGUAUAUCUACUGACCUUUGCCAGUAUGAUCGUUACUUUGUUCAAAGGUCAGAUGCUACUGGCAAAGUCGGACUGCUUCCGGAGCAGAAGAUGACAGCUGCCUUGCGAAUGCUUGCGUACGGUGCAGGGGCAGAUCAAUGUGCUGAGUAUUGUAGGAUGGCGAAAUCCACCUCCGUUGCAGCCCUUCAGCACUUCACACGAAGAAUUGUUGAUCUUUACUCAACAAAAUACCUCCGCACUCCAACUGCAGCCGACCUCAGACGACUUCUUACCAAAGCUGAGAGGAGAGGUUUUCCAAGAAUGAUUGGGAGCAUCGACUGUAUGCAUUGGCAAUGGAAGAAUGGUCCGACAGGUUGGGAUGGAGAAUAUAGUGGUAGGAAACAAAUCCCCACUAUCAUCCUGGAAGCAGUCGCAUCUUACGACACCUGGAUUUGGCACGCAUUCUUUGGAGUGCCUGGGGCAUGCAACGACCUGAACGUCUUGGCAAAGUCUCCAUUGUUUGAUGAGCUUACCGCCGGUAGAGCACCUCUUGUCCAAUUCCAAGUUAACAACAGAGCUCACAAUCUAGGGUACUAUCUCGCCGACGGUAUUUAUCCUCGAUGGGCGACUUUCUUGAAAACUGUUCGAAAUCCUACACGCCCAAGGAAAUUGAGUUUGCAAAGGCUCAAGAGGGGUAUAGGAAGGAUGUAG